AUGUUUCCAGUCCUUAUUCCACAGUCCAUGGCAUCUUCGGGCAUUUCCAGUGCUUUAGUCACUGAUGCUGCCGAAAACAUACAUCAUAAUCUAACUAGAGCAAACGAAAGUAUUUCCAUCAAUAAGUCAAGUGGAGACAGACAAUUCAGGGUGGUAGAGAUUUCAGAGAUUUCAGAAACGUCGUCGGUACUAGCGAAUUCAACUACAACCACGGAAACCACUCCUAUCACCUACAAGCCAAGUAACGACGGCCAGCUGAGGAUAGUAGAGAUACCAGAAACGGCGUUGGUACCAGCAAUGUCAACUACGACAACCGAAACAAACCCUGUCACUUACAAGACAGGAAGCGACGGACAAUUGAAAGUAUUAGAGACUCCAGAAACGAUGUCUAUGAUGAUGAUCUAUAAGCCAACUGGCGACGGACAAACGAGGAUAGUCGAGAUUCCAGAAACGUCAUUGGUACUAGCGGAGUUAACUACCACAACGUCGACGGUACCAGAAAUGUCAACAACAACACCCGAAACCUUUCCUGCCAUCCAUAAAAUAAGUAGCGAUGGACAAUUGAGGGCGGUAGAGAUUCCGGGAACGUCGACGUUACCAGAAACGUCAACAACAACAACCGAAACAAUCCCUGCCAUUUUUAGGAUAAGUAGCGAUGGACAAUUAAGGGUGAUAGAGAUUUCGGGCACGUCGACGGUACCAGAAACGACAACAAUAACAAUCGAAACAAUCCCUGCCACCGAUGAGGUAAGUACCAACGGAAAAUUGAAGGUUGUAGAGAUUCCGGGAGUGUUAUCGGUACCACAAACGUCAAUAAGAACAACCGAAGUCACCCUUGCCAACUAUAAAAAAAGUAGCGACGGACAAUUGAGGGUGGUCGAGAUUCCGGGAACGUCGUCCUUACCAGAAACGACAACAACAACAACUGAAACUCUUCCUGCCAGCUAUAAGACAAGUAGCGACGGACAAUUGUGGAUUGAAAAAAUUCCGGGAACAUCGUCGGCGCCAGGACCGUCAACAACAACAACCAAAACCAUCCCUGCCAUCUAUAAACCAACUAGUGACGGACAAUUGAGUGUGGUAGAGAUUUCGAGAACAUCGUCGGUAAUAGAAACGUCAACAACAACCGAAACCAGCCAUCCCAUCUAUAAACCAAGUAGCGACGGACAAUUGAGGGUAAUAGUGAUUCUAGGAACGUCGUCGGUAACAACAGCGUCAACUAUCACAACUGAAACUCUUCCUGCGACCUAUAAACCAAGUAGCGACGGACAAUUUAGUAUUGUAGAGAUUCCGGGAACGUGGUCGGUACGAGAAACGUCAACAACAACAACCGAAACCAUCCCUGAUACCUAUGAACCAAGUAGCGACAGACAAUUGAGGGCUAUAGAGAUUUCAGGAACCUCAUCGGUAACAGAAACGUCAACAACAACCGAAACCACCCCUGCCACCUAUAAUCCAAGUAGCGACAGACAAUUGAGGGUGGUAGAGAAUCCGGGAACGCCUUCGGUACCAGAAACGUCAACAGCAACAACCGAAACUAUGCCUGCCACCCUUAUACCCAGUAGCGACGGGCGACGGACAGUUAUAAAUAUUCUGGGAACGUCGUCGGUACCAGAAACGUCAACAACAACUACCGAAACCAUCUCUGCCAAAUAUGAACCAAGUAGCGACGGACAAUUGGGGGUAGUAGAAAUGUCAACAACAACCGAAACGCUUCCUGCUUUCUAUAAACCAAGUAGCGACGGACAAUUGAGGGUGGUAGAGAUUCCGGGAACAUCGUCGGUAUCAGGAACGUCAACAACAAUAACCGAAACUAUCCCUGCCAUCUAUAAACCAAGUAAUGAUGGACAAUUGAGAGUGCUAGAGAUUCUAGGAACGUCGUCGGUACCAGCAGCAUCAACAACCACAACUGAAACUCUUUCUGCCAACUAUGAACCAAUUAGCGACGGACAAUUGAAGGUGAUAGAGAUUCCGGGAACUUCGACGGUAGCAGAAACGUCAACAACAACAACAACUGAAACCAUCCCUGCCACCUAUAAACCAAGUAGCGACGGACAAUUAAGGGUCAUAGAGAUUUCGGGAACGUUGUCGGUACCAGAAACGCCCACAACAACAACCGAAACCAUUCCUGUCACCUAUAAACCAGGCAACGACAGACAAUUGAGGGUAGUAGAGAUACCAAGAACGUCGUCUGUACCAGAAACGUCAACAACAAUAACCGAAACCAUACCUGCCACCUUUAAUCCAAGUAGCGACGGACAAUUGAGGGAGGUAGAGAUUUCAGGAACGUCGUCUGUACCAGAAACGUCAACAACAACAACCAAAACCAUCCCUAAGACCUUUAAUCCAAGUAGCGAUGAACAAUUGAGGGUGGUAGAAAUUCCCGGAACUUUUACGGUACCAAAAACGUCAACAACAGCACCUGAAACCAUCGCUGCCACCUAUAAACCAAGUAGCGACGGACAAUUGAGGAUUAUAGAGAAUUCGGGAACGUCAUCGGUACCAGAAACGUCAACAACAACCGAAACCAUAAAUGCCACCUAUAAUCCAAGUAGCGACCGACAAUUGAGGGUAGCAGAUAUUAAAGAAAUAUCGUCGUUAUCAGAAACGUCAACAACAACAACCGAAACCAUCCCUGCCACCUAUAAACCAAUUAGCAACGGACCAAGCAGCGACGAAAAACUGAAGGUAGUAGAGACUCUAGGAACGUCGUUGGUAACAGCAGCAUCAAGUACCACAACAACAACCCUUCCUGCCAUAUAUGAUACAAGUAGCGCCGGACAGUUGAGAGGGGUAGAGAUUUCGGAAACGUCGUUGGUACCAGAAACGUCAACGACAGCCGAAACCAUCCCUGCCAUAUAUGAACUAAGUAGCGACAGACAGUUGAGGGUGGUAAAGAUUCCAGAAACGUCGUCGGUACCUGAAACGUCAACAACGACAACCAAAACCAUCCCUGCCACCUAUAAACCAAGUAGCAACGGGCAACUGAAGGUGGUAGAGAUUCCGGCAACUUCUACGGUACCAGAAACGUCAACAACAACUGAAACCAUCCGUGCCACCUAUAAACCAAGUAGCGACGGACAAUUGAGGGCUACAGAGAUGUCGGGAACGUCAUCGGUACCAGAAACCGACGGACAACUGAGGGUAGUAGAGAUUCCAGGAACGUCUUCGGUACCAGCAGCGUCAAGUGCCACAACUGAAACUGUUCCUGACAUCUAUAAGACAAGUAGCGAAGAACAACUGAGAGUGGUAGAGAUUCCAGGAACGUCGUCGGUACCGGCAGCGUCAAGUACCACAACAACAAUCCAUCCUGCCAUAUAUGAGACAAGUAGCGACGGACAGUUGAAAGGGGUAGAGAUUUCGGGAACGUCGUCGGUACCAGAAACGUCAACAACAACAACGGAAACAAUCCUUCUCAACUAUAAAUCAAGUAGCGACGGACAAUUGAGGACUAUAGAGAUUUCGGGAACGUCAUCGGUACCAGAAACGUCAACAACAACCGAAACCAUCUCUGCCAACUAUAAACCAAGUAGCGACGGACAACUGAGGGUAGUAGAGAUUCCAGGAACGUCUUCGGUGCCAGCAGCGUCAAGUGCCACAACUGAAACCGUUCCUGCCAUCUAUAAUACAAAUAGCGACGGACAAUUGAGGGUGGUAAAGAUUCCAGGAACGUCGUCGAUACCGGAAACGUCAACAACGACAACCAAAACCAUCCCUGCCACCUAUAAACCAAGCAACGACAGACAAUUGAGGGUAGUAGAUAUACCAGGAAUGUCGUCGGUACCAGGAACAUCAACAACAACAACUGAGACCGUUCCAGCCACCUUUAGCGAUGGACAAUUGAUUGUGGUAGAGAUUACGGGAACUUCGACGGUAUCACAAACAUCAACAACUACAACUGAAACCAUCCCUGCCACAUAUCAAACAUCAACAACAACCGAGACCAUCUCUGCCACCUAUAAAACAAGUAGCGAAGAAAAACUGAGGGUAGUAGAGAUUCCAAGAACGUCUUCGGUACCAGCACCGUUAAGUGCCACAAAUGAUACCUUUCCUGCCAUCUAUAAGACAAGUAGCGAAGGACAAUUGAAAGUGGUAGAGAUUCCAGGAACGUCGUCGGUACCAGCAGCACCAAGUACCACAACAAAAACCCUUCCUGCCAUAUAUGAAACAAGUAGCGAUAAACAGUUGAGAGGGGUAAAGAAUUCGGGAACGUCGUCGGUACCAGAAACGUCAACAAUGACAACCAAAACCAUCCCUGCCACCUAUAAACCAAGAACGUCGUCGGUACCAGCAGCAUCAAGUACCACAACAAAAACCCUUCCUGCCAUAUAUGAAACAAGUAGCGACAAACAGUUGAGAGGGGUAAAGAAUUCGGGAACGUCGUCGGUACCAGAAACGUCAACAAUGACAACCAAAACCAUCCCUGCCACCUAUAAACCAAGUAGCGACGGACAAUUGAGGGCUACAGAGAUUUCGGGAACGUCAUCGACAAGUAGCGAAGAACAACUGAGAGUGGUAGAGAUUCCAGGAACGUCGUCGGUACCGGCAGCGUCAAGUACUACAACAACAAUCCAUCCUGCCAUAUAUGAGACAAGUAGCGACGGACAGUUGAAAGGGGUAGAGAUUUCGGGAACGUCGUCGGUACCAGAAACGUCAACAACAACGGAAACAAUCCUUCUCAACUAUAAAUCAAGUAGCGACGGACAAUUGAGGACUAUAGAGAUUUCGGGAACGUCAUCGGUACCAGAAACGUCAACAACAACCGAAACCAUCUCUGCCAACUAUAAACCAAGUAGCGACGGACAACUGAGGGUAGUAGAGAUUCCAGGAACGUCUUCGGUGCCAGCAGCGUCAAGUGCCACAACUGAAACCGUUCCUGCCAUCUAUAAUACAAAUAGCGACGGACAAUUGAGGGUGGUAAAGAUUCCAGGAACGUCGUCGAUACCGGAAACGUCAACAACGACAACCAAAACCAUCCCUGCCACCUAUAAACCAAGCAACGACAGACAAUUGAGGGUAGUAGAUAUACCAGGAAUGUCGUCGGUACCAGGAACAUCAACAACAACAACUGAGACCGUUCCAGCCACCUUUAGCGAUGGACAAUUGAUUGUGGUAGAGAUUACGGGAACUUCGACGGUAUCACAAACAUCAACAACUACAACUGAAACCAUCCCUGCCACAUAUCAAACAUCAACAACAACCGAGACCAUCUGUGCCACCUAUAAAACAAGUAGCGAAGGAAAACUGAGGGUAGUAGAGAUUCCAAGAACGUCUUCGGUAACAGCAGCACCAAGAACGUCGUCGGUACCAGCAGCAUCAAGUACCACAACAAAAACCCUUCCUGCCAUAUAUGAAACAAGUAGCGACAAACAGUUGAGAGGGGUAAAGAAUUCGGGAACGUCGUCGGUACCAGAAACGUCAACAAUGACAACCAAAACCAUCCCUGCCACCUAUAAACCAAGUAGCGACGGACAAUUGAGGGCUACAGAGAUUUCGGGAACGUCAUCGGUACCAGAAACGUCAACAACAACCGAAACCAUCACUGCCACCUAUAAACCAUCGGUACCAGAAACGUCAACAACAACCGAAACCAUCACUGCCACCUAUAAACCAUUGAGAGGGGUAUUGAUUUCGGGAACGUCGUCGGGACCAGAAACGUCAACAACAACAACCGAAGCCAUCCCUGCCACCUAUAAAUCAAGCAGCGACAGACAAUUGAGGGUAGUAGAGAUACCAGGAACGUCGUCGGUACCAGGAACAUCAACAACAAAAACUGAGACCGUUCCAGCCACCUUUAGCGACGGACAAUUGAGUGUGGUAGAGAUUAAGGAAACUUCGACGGUAUCACAAACAUCAACAACUACAACUGAAACCAUCCCUGCCACAUAUCAAACAUCAACAACAACCGAGACCAUCUCUGCCACCUAUAAAACAAGUAGCGAAGGACAACUGAGGGUAGUAGAGAUUCCAGGAACGCCUUCGGUACCAGCACCGUUAAGUGCCACAAAUGAAACCUUUCCUGCCAUCUAUAAGACAAGUAGCUACGGACAAUUGAGGGUGGUAAAGAUUCCAGGAACGUCGUCGAUACCGGAAACGUCAACAACGACAACCAAAACCAUCCCUGCCACCUAUAAACCAAGCAGCGACAGACAAUUGAGGGUAGUAGAGAUACCAGGAAUGUCGUCGGUACCAGGAACAUCAACAACAAAAACUGAGACUGUUCCAGCCACCUUUAGCGACGGACAAUUGAGUGUGGUAGAGAUUAAGGAAACUUCGACGGUAUCACAAACAUCAACAACUACAACUGAAACCAUCCCUGCCACAUAUCAAACAUCAACAACAACCGAGACCAUCUCUGCCACCUAUAAAACAAGUAGCGAAGGACAACUGAGGGUAGUAGAGAUUCCAGGAACGCCUUCGGUACCAGCACCGUUAAGAACGUCGUCGGUACCAGCAGCACCAAGUACCACAACGAAAACCCUUCCAGCCAUAUAUGAAACAAGUAGCGACAAACAGUUGAGAGGGGUAAAGAAUUCGGGAACGUCGUCGGUACCAGAAACGUCAACAAUGACAACCAAAACCAUCCCUGCCACCUAUAAACCAAGUAGCGACGGACAAUUGAGGGCUACAGAGAUUUCGGGAACGUCAUCGGUACCAGAAACGUCAACAACAACCGAAACCAUCAUUGCCACCUAUAAACCAAGUAGCGAUGGACAACUGAGGGUAGUAGAGAUUCCAGGAACGUCUUCGGUACCAGCAGCGUCAAGUGCCACAACUGAAACUGUUCCUGACAUCUAUAAGACAAGUAGCGAAGAACAACUGAGAGUGGUAGAGAUUCCAGGAACGUCGUCGGUACCGGCAGCGUCAAGUACCACAACAACAAUCCAUCCUGCCAUAUAUGAGACAAGUAGCGACGGACAGUUGAAAGGGGUAGAGAUUUCGGGAACGUCGUCGGUAUCAGAAACGUCAACAACAACAAUGGAAACAAUCGUUCUCAACUAUAAAUCAAGUAGCGACGGACAAUUGAGGACUAUAGAGAUUUCGGAAACGUCAUCGGUACCAGAAACGUCAACAACAACCGAAACCAUCUCUGCCAACUAUAAACCAAGUAGCGACGGACAACUGAGGGUAGUAGAGAUUCCAGGAACGUCUUCGGUGCCAGCAGCGUCAAGUGCCACAACUGAAACCGUUCCUGCCAUCUAUAAUACAAAUAGCGACGGACAAUUGAGGGUGGUAAAGAUUCCAGGAACGUCGUCGAUACCGGAAACGUCAACAACGACAACCAAAAGCAUCCCUGCCACCUAUAAAGCAAGCAACGAUAGACAAUUGAGGGUAGUAGAGAUUCCAGGAAUGUCGUCGGUACCAGGAACAUCAACAACAACAACUGAGACCGUUCCAGCCACCUUUAGCGAUGGACAAUUGAGUGUGGUAGAGAUUACGGGAACUUCGACGGUAUCACAAACAUCAACAACUACAACUGACACCAUCCCUGCCACAUAUCAAACAUCAACAACAACCGAGACCAUCUCUGCCACCUAUAAAACAAGUAGCGAAGGACAACUGAGGGUAGUAGAGAUUCCAAGAACGCCUUCGGUACCAGCACCGUUAAGUGCCACAAAUGAAACCUUUCCUGCCAUCUAUAAGACAAGUAGCGAAGGACAAUUGAAAGUGGUAGAGAUUCCAGGAACGUCGUCGGUACCAGCAGCACCAAGUACCACAACAAAAACCCUUCCUGCCAUAUACGAAACAAGUAGCGAUAAACAGUUGAGAGGGGUAAAGAAUUCGGGAACGUCGUCGGUACCAGAAACGUCAACAAUGACAACCAAAACCAUCCCUGCCACCUAUAAACCAAGUAGCGACGGACAAUUGAGGGCUACAGAGAUUUCGGGAACGUCAUCGGUACCAGAAACGUCAACAACAACCGAAACCAUCACUGCCACCUAUAAACCAAGAAGCGACGGACAACUGAGAGUGGUAGAGAUUCCAGGAACGUCGUCGGUACCGGCAGCGUCAAGAACGUCGUCGGUACCAGCAGCAUCAAGUACCACAACAAAAACCCUUCCUGCCAUAUAUGAAACAAGUAGCGACAAACGGUUGAGAGGGGUAAAGAAUUCGGGAACGUCGUCGGUACCAGAAACGUCAACAAUGACAACCAAAACCAUACCUGCCACCUAUAAACCAAGUAGCGCCGGACAAUUGAGGGCUACAGAGAUUUCGGGAACGUCAUCGGUACCAGAAACGUCAACAACAACCGAAACCAUCACUGCCACCUAUAAACCAAGAAGCGACGGACAACUGAGAGUGGUAGAGAUUCCAGGAACGUCGUCGGUACCGGCAGCGUCAAGAACGUCGUCGGUACCAGCAGCACCAAGUACCACAACAAAAACCCUUCCUGCCAUAUAUGAAACAAGUAGCGACAAACAGUUGAGAGGGGUAAAGAAUUCGGGAACGUCGUCGGUACCAGAAACGUCAACAAUGACAACCAAAACCAUCCCUGCCACCUAUAAACCAAGUAGCGCCGGACAAUUGAGGGCUACAGAGAUUUCGGGAACGUCAUCGGUACCAGAAACGUCAACAACAACCGAAACCAUCACUGCCACCUAUAAACCAAGAAGCGACGGACAACUGAGAGUGGUAGAGAUUCCAGGAACGUCGUCGGUACCGGCAGCGUCAAGAACGUCGUCGGUACCGGCAGCGUCAAGUACCACAACAACAAUCCAUCCUGCCAUAUAUGAGACAAGUAGCGACGGACAGUUGAAAGGGGUAGAGAUUUCGGGAACGUCGUCGGUACCAGAAACGUCAACAACAACAACGGAAACAAUCCUUCUCAACUAUAAAUCAAGUAGCGACGGACAAUUGAGGACUAUAGAGAUUUCGGGAACGUCAUCGGUACCAGAAACGUCAACAACAACCGAAACCAUCUCUGCCAACUAUAAACCAAGUAGCGACGGACAACUGAGGGUAGUAGAGAUUCCAGGAACGUCUUCGGUGCCAGCAGCGUCAAGUGCCACAACUGAAACCGUUCCUGCCAUCUAUAUUACAAAUAGCGACGGACAAUUGAGGGUGGUAAAGAUUCCAGGAACGUCGUCGAUACCGGAAACGUCAACAACGACAACCAAAACCAUCCCUGCCACCUAUAAACCAAGCAACGACAGACAAUUGAGGGUAGUAGAUAUACCAGGAAUGUCGUCGGUACCAGGAACAUCAACAACAACAACUGAGACCGUUCCAGCCACCUUUAGCGAUGGACAAUUGAUUGUGGUAGAGAUUACGGGAACUUCGACGGUAUCACAAACAUCAACAACUACAACUGAAACCAUCCCUGCCACAUAUCAAACAUCAACAACAACCGAGACCAUCUGUGCCACCUAUAAAACAAGUAGCGAAGGAAAACUGAGGGUAGUAGAGAUUCCAAGAACGUCUUCGGUAACAGCAGCACCAAGAACGUCGUCGGUACCAGCAGCACCAAGUACCACAACAAAAACCCUUCCUGCCAUAUAUGAAACAAGUAGCGACAAACAGUUGAGAGGGGUAAAGAAUUCGGGAACGUCGUCGGUACCAGAAACGUCAACAAUGACAACCAAAACCAUCCCUGCCACCUAUAAACCAAGUAGCGACGGACAAUUGAGGGCUACAGAGAUUUCGGGAACGUCAUCGGUACCAGGAACGUCAACAACAACCGAAACCAUCACUGCCACCUAUAAACCAAGUAGCGACGGUCAUCUGAGAGUGGUAGAGAUUCCAGGAACGUCGUCGGUACCGGCAGCGUCAAAUAUUCCGGGAAUGUCGUCGGUACCGGCAGCGUCAAGUACCACAACAACAAUCCAUCCUGCCAUAUAUGAGACAAGUAGCGACGGACAACUGAGGGUAGUAGAGAUUCCAGGAACGCCUUCGGUGCCAGCAGCGUCAAGUGCCACAACUGAAACCGUUCCUGCCAUCUAUAAUACAAGUAGCGACGGACAAUUGAGGGUGGUAAAGAUUACAGGAACGUCGUCGAUACCGGAAACGUCAACAACGACAACCAAAACCAUCCCUGCCACCUAUAAACCAAGCAGCGACAGACAAUUGAGGGUAGUAGAGAUACCAGGAAUGUCGUCGGUACCAGGAACAUCAACAACAAAAACUGAGACUGUUCCAGCCACCUUUAGCGACGGACAAUUGAGUGUGGUAGAGAUUAAGGAAACUUCGACGGUAUCACAAACAUCAACAACUACAACUGAAACCAUCCCUGCCACAUAUCAAACAUCAACAACAACCGAGACCAUCUCUGCCACCUAUAAAACAAGUAGCGAAGGACAACUGAGGGUAGUAGAGAUUCCAGGAACGCCUUCGGUACCAGCACCGUUAAGUGCCACAAAUGAAACCUUUCCUGCCAUCUAUAAGACAAGUGGCGACGGACAAUUGAAAGUGGUAGAGAUUCCAGGAACGUCGUCGGUACCAGCAGCACCAAGUACCACAACGAAAACCCUUCCUGCCAUAUAUGAAACAAGUAGCGACAAACAGUUGAGAGGGGUAAAGAAUUCGGGAACGUCGUCGGUACUAGAAACGUCAACAAUGACAACCAAAACCAUCCCUGCCACCUAUAAACCAAGUAGCGACGGACAAUUGAGGGCUACAGAGAUUUCGGGAACGUCAUCGGUACCAGAAACGUCAACAACAACCGAAACCAUCUCUACCACCUAUAAUCCAAGCAGCGACGGACAACUGAGGGUAGUAGAGAUUCCAGGAACGUCUUCGGUAUCAGCAGCGUCAAGUCCAACAACUGAAACCGUGCCUGACAUCUAUAAGACAAGUAGCGAAGAACAACUGAGAGUCGUUGAGAUUCCAGGAACGUCGUCGGUACCGGCAGCGUCAAGUACCACAACAGCAAUCCAUCCUGCCAUAUAUGAGACAAGUAGCGACGGACAGAUGAAAGGGGUAUUGAUUUCGGGAACGUCGUCGGGACCAGAAACGUCAACAACAACAACCGAAGCCAUCCCUGCCACCUAUAAACGAACUAGCGACGGACAAUUGAGGGUGGUAGAGAUUCCGGGAAUGUCGUCUUUUCCAGAAACGUCAACAACAACAACUGAAACCAUCCCUGCCACCUAUGAACCAAGUAGCGACGGACAAUUGGGUAUUAUAGAGAUUUCGGGAACGUUGUCGGUACCAGAAAAGUCAAUAUCAACAACGGAAACAAUCCUUCUCACCUAUAAAUCAAGUAGCGUCGGACAAUUGAGGGCUAUAGAGCUUUCGGGAACGUCAUCGGUACCAGAAACAUCAACAACAACCGAAACCAUCUCUGCCAACUAUAAACCAAGCAGCGACGGACAACUGAGGGUAGUAGAGAUUCCAGGAACGUCUUCGGUACCAGCAGCGUCAAGUGCGACAAAUGAAACCGUUCCUGCCAUCUAUAAUACAAGUAGCGACGGACAAUUGAGGGUGGUAAAGAUUCCAGGAACGUCGUCGGUACCAGCAGCAUCAAGUACCACAACAAAAACCCUUCCUGCCAUAUAUGAAACAAGUAGCGACGAACAGUUGAGAGGAGUAAAGAAUUCGGGAACGUCGUUGGGAACAGAAACGUCAACAAUAACAGCCGAAACCAUCCCUGCCAUAUAUAAACCAAGUAGCGACGGACAAUUGAGGGUGGUAGAUAUUCCAGGAACGUCGUCGGAACCAGAAACGUCAACAACAGCCGAAACCAUCCCUGCCACAUAUGAACUAAGGAGAGACGGACAAUUGAGGGUGGUAGAGAUUCCAGGAACGUGGUCGGUGCCAGAAACGUCAACAACAACCGAAACCAUUCCUGCCACCUUUAUACCCAGUAGCGACGGACAAUUGAGUGUUAUAGAGAUUUCGGGAACGUCGUCGGUAUCAGAAAUGUCAACAACAACAACAGAAAUAAUCCCUCCCCCAUAUAAACCAAUUAGCGACGGACAAUUGAGGGUGGUAGAGAUUCCCGGAACGUCGUCGUUAUCCGCAACGUCAGCUACAACAACUGGAACUCUUCCUGCCAUCCAUAAGACAAAUAGCGACGGACAAUUGCGGGUGGUAGAAAUUCCGGGAACAUCUUCGGUGUCAGGAACGUCAACAACAACCGAAACCAUCCCUGUCAUCUAUAAACCAAGUAAUGAUGGACAAUUGAGAUUGGUAGAGAUUCUAGGAACGUCGUCGCUACCAGCAGCGUCAACAACCACAACUGAAACUCUUUCUGCCACCUAUGAACCAAUUAGCGAAGGACAAUGGAGGGUGGCAGAGAUUCCGGGAACUUCGACGGUACCAGAAACAUCGACAACAACAACUGAAACCAUCGCUGCCACCUGUAAAUCAAGUAGCGACGGGCAAUUGAGGGUUUUAGAGAUUUCAGGAACAUCGUCGGUACCAGAAACGUCCACAACAACAACCGAAACCAUCCCUGUCACCUAUAAACCAAGUAGCGACGGACAAUUGAGGGUAGUAGAGAUACCAGGAACGUCGUCUGUACCAGAAACGUCAACAACAAUAACCGAAACCAUCCCUGCCACCUUUAAUCCAAGUAGCGACGAACAAUUGAGUGUGGUAAAGAUUUCGGGAACUUUUACAGUAACAGAAACGUCGACAACAACAACUGAAACCAUCCCUGCCACCUAUGAACCAAGUAGCGACGGACAAUUGGGUAUUAUGGAGAUUUCAGGAACAUCGUCGGUACCAGAAACGUCAACAGCAACAACUGAAACCAUCUCUGCCACAUAUGAGCCAAGUAGCGACGGACGGUUGAGAGUGGUAGAGAUUUCAGGAACAUCGUUUGUACCAGAAACGUCAACAACAAUAACCGAAACCAUUUCUGCCAUCUUUAAUCCAAAUAGCGACGGACAAUUGAGGGUGGUAGAGAUUCCGGGAACUUUUACAGUAACAGAAACGUCGACAACAACAACUGAAACCAUCCCUGUCACCUAUGAACCAAGUAGCGACGGACAAUUGGGUAUUAUGGAGAUUUCGGGAACGUCGUCGGUACCAAAAAAGUCAACAUCAACAACGGAAACAAUCCUUCUCACCUAUAAAGCAAGUAGUGACGGACAAUUGAGGGCUAUAGAAAUUGCGGGAACGUCAUCGGUACCAGAAACGUCAACAAUAACCGAAACCAUCUCUGCCACCUAUAAACCAAGCAGCGACGGACAACUAAGGGUAGUAGAGAGUCCAGGAACGUCUUCAGUACCAGCAGCGUCAAGUCCCACAACUGAAACCUUUCCUGCCAUCUAUAAGACAAGUAGCGACCGACAGUUGAGAAUGGUAGAGAUUUCGGGAACGUCAUCGGGACCAGAAACGUCAACAACAAAAGCCGAAAUCAUCCCUACCAUAUAUGAACCAAGUAGCGACGGACAAUUGAGGGUGGUAGAGUUUCCAGGAACGUCGUCGGUACCAGAAACUUCAACAACAACCGAAACCAUUCCUGCCACCUUUAUACCCAGUAGCGACGGACAAUUGAGGGUUAUAGAUAUUUCGGAAACGUCGUCGGUACCAGAAACGUCAUCUACAACAACUGAAACCAUCCCUGCCACCUACGGGCCAAGUAGCGAUGGACAAAUGAGUGUGGUAGAGAGUCCGGGAACGUCGUCGAUACCAGCAGCGUCAACUACCACAACUGAAAGCCUUCCUGCCAUCUAUAAGAUAAGUAACGAGGGACCAUUGAGGGUGGUAGAAAUUUCGGGAACGUCGUCCGUACCAGAAAUGUCAACAACAACAACCGAAACCAUUCCUGCCAUCUAUAAGACAAGUAGCGACGGACAUUUGAGUAUUGUAGAGAUUCCGGAAACGUCGUCGGUACCAGAAAAAUCAACAACAACUGAAACCAUCCCAGCCACCUUUAAACUAAGCAGCGACGGACAAUUGAGGGGUAUGGAGAUUUUGGGAAUAUCGUCGGUACCAGAAACGUCAACAACAACAACCGAAACCAUCCCUGCCACUUAUAAGCCAACUAGCGACGAACAAUUGAGGGUAGUGGAGAUUCUAGGAACGUCGUCGCUACCAGCAACGUCAAGUACCACAACUGAAAAACUUCCUGCCAUCUAUAAGACAAGUAGCGACGGACAAUUGAGGGUUGUAGAGAUUCCGCGAACAUCGUCGGUACCAGAAACGUCAACAACAACAACCGAAAUCAUCCGCGCCACCUAUAAACCAAGUAGCGACGGACAAUUGAGGGUAGUGGAGAUUCUAGGAACGUCGUCGUUACCAGCAGCGUCAAGUACCACAACUGAAAAACUUUCUGCCAUCUACAAGACAAGUAGCGACGGACAAUUGAGGGUUGUAGAGAUUCCGCGAACAUCGACGGUACCAGAAACGUCAACAACAACCGAAACCAUCCCUGCCACCUAUAAACCAAAUAACGACGGACAAUUGAGGGUUAUAGAGAUUUCGGGAACGUCGUCGGGACCAGAAACGUCAACAACAACAACCGAAAAUAUCCCUGCCACCUAUAGACCAAGUAGCGACAGAGAAUUGAGGGUAGUAGAGAUACCAGGAACGUCGUCUGUACCAGAAACGUCAACAACAAUAACCGAAACCAUACCUGCCACCUUUAAUCCAAGUAGCGACGGACAAUUCAGGGUGGUAGAGAUUCCAGAAACGUCAACGUUACUAACAACGUCAUCUACAACAACUGAAAUUCUUCCUGCCACCUAUAAGACAAAUAACGACGGACAAUUGUGGGUUGUAGAAAUUCCGGGAACAUCGUCGGUGUCAGAAAUGUCAACAGCAACAACCGAAACCAUCCCUGCCGUCUAUAAGCCAAGUAAUGAUGAACAAUUGAGAGUGGUAGAGAUUCUAGGAAAGUCGUCGGUACCAGCAGCGUUAACAACCACAACUGAAACUCUUUCUGCCAACUAUGAACCAAUUAGCGACAGACAAUUGAGGGUGGUAGAGAUCCCGGGAACAUUGUUGGUGCCAGACACGCCAACAACAACAACCAAAAGCUUCGCUGUCACUUAUAAGCCAAUCAGCGACGGACUAUUGGGAGUAGUAGAUAUUCCAGAAACGCUAUCGGUACCAGCAACAUUAACUACAACAACAGAAACCAUCAUUAGCUAUAAGCCAAGUGUCGACGGACUAUUCAGAGUGGCAGAAAUUCGAGACACGUCGUCGGUAUCAGCGGCGUCAACUACCACAACCGAAACCAUCCGUGCCCAUGAGCUAAGUGGAGACGGAAACGCGAGGUUGGUUGAGACUCUCGAUACGUAUCGGCUAAUUGAUGACAGGCCAACAAGAGUGUUAGGCAUUCUAGAAAGGUUGUCGAUAUCAGCGACUUUAACUACGAGAACAGAAAUUAUCCCUGCGUAUAAGUCAAGUGGUGAAAGACAGUCAAGGAUAACAAACAUUCCAGAAAUAUCUUCGGAAUCUGCGACUCUAACUUCAAACACCGAAACCAUCUCUCCUACCUAUAAGCGAUAUGACAACGAACAAUCGGGGGUGUUAGAAAUUCCGAAAAUGUCAUCAGUACCUACGAUUUCAACUACAACAACUGAAACCAUCCUUACCUCUAAGCCAAAUGAUGACGGACAAUUAGGGGUAGCAGAAAUUCCAGAUACGUUGUCGUUACCUACGACUUCAACUAAACCAACCGAAACCAUCUCUAGGUAUAAGCCACAUGCCGACGGCCAAUCGAGGAGAGUUCAGGCUACAGACACGAUGUUGUUGGUACCACCGACUUCAACUACAACAAUCGAAACUAUACCUACGUAUAAGCGUGGUGACAAGGGAUAUUCUGAGGUACUAGAUUCUGCAGUUACGACAUCAGUGCUUAGACCUACUGCACCUAUUUUAAAGGAUUUUCAGGGGCCGGGCAAGCAAAUCUGUCAUUUUCCUACAUAUGAUACACCCUGUAGCUUCGAAGGAUAUUUUCGUAUGAAUCGAUCUUGUAGCAAUUACUAUCAUUGCGCAUUUAGUAACAAAUGCGGCAGUGUGGUAGUCUCAUCAAUAAUGACUUGUCCCCUUUGCUUGAAAUUCAAUGCUAAGAAGCAACGUUGCGAUCUUCCAGAAAAUGUGGCGGAAUGCUCAUAUAGCGUUGCAAGCAGAGGUUUCAACAGUAUUAAAACUUUUCCAAGAAUAAGAUCCUGUACCGGACCUGGAAUUUUUCCAGUACCAGAAGAUUGCUCAAAAUAUUAUCACUGUCGUUUUGACAAAAAAACAAAAACGUAUUUGUUAACGAUAAGAACUUGUUUGGGUAAGAAAAAAUUCGAUACCAAGACAGGGAAAUGUCAGACAUUUGCAAAAUGUGUACAGACAAUAAGCCCAUGUAACGAUGCCAAUUUGGCAAGAGAUAUGUAUAGCUGCGAAAAGUUCUAUUAUUGUACGCACAAUGAAAAGUUGCCACUCUUCUGUCCCAGAGGAUAUAUAUUUAAUGGAAAAUACUGUGCAGCUAAUAAUACUGUUUGCAUUGAUCAAUGUAGGAUUGAUUAAUGAAAAGUAAACAAA